AUGGCGCCGGUUCAGAGGUCACAUGGAAGCCUCGAGAUCUUUGCACGAAAAGCGCUCUUCACAGCUGGAUCAGCGUUGACGAGCCAUUAUGUGUCAAAACGAGAUCUGACCGUCAGAGGAGCUCAAGGAGUCACCCUGGGAGCCAUCGCCGCAUAUGUCGUCGGUAUUGCGAUUCUAUGGAAUGUCCCAUAUCUUCACUAUAUCCUAUGGCCCUUCAAGAUGCUAGUCAUAGCCUUCCACGAAUUCGGUCACGCAAUCACAGCCUGCUGCACCGGCGGCCACGUCGAGUCAAUAUCCCUUGACCCACGUGAAGGCGGCGUAACACGUAUGCGCGGCGGUAUCAGCGCAAUCACCUUACCAGCCGGCUACCUAGGCUCCUCAAUCGUCGGCGCUCUCCUCACCUUCUGCGGCUUCGACAUCGUCGCCAGUAAAGUCGCCAGUAUUGUUCUUGGGCCGUGUUUCCUCCUGACGCUCUGGUGGGGUAAGAAGGACUGGCUUACCAUCCUCACAAUCUUGACUGCUGUGGGUCUACUUGUGGCGUUCUGGUUCGUUUCGAAUGCCGAGGCGUUGAGGUUUAUGGUAUUGUUUAUUGGGGUUAUGUCGUCGCUGUAUAGUGUUUGGGAUAUCUGUGAUGAUCUAAUCUGGCGGAAGGUGAAUAGCUCGGAUGCGACGCAGUUUGCUAAGAGGUAUGGUGGGUCGAGUCAGUGCUGGGGUGUGAUUUGGAGUAUUAUUAGUGUGUUGAUCAUGGCUGUUGGGAUUGUUGCGGGUAUUGCGGCGUUUCCGCAGUCUUUUGAGGAGCAGCAGAAGAAUUCUCAAGGUUUCAUACCUACGUUGUAA